AUGAUCGCUACUGGAACCGGAGUAGCUCCAUUUAGAGGGUACCUGCGUCGUAUGUUCAUGGAGAACGUUCCUACAUCCAAGUUUGAUGGACUCUCGUGGCUCUUCCUCGGUGUCGCUAACUCAGACAGUCUUCUGUACGAUGAAGAGUUCUCAAGCUACCUCAAGGAAUAUCCAGAGCAGUUCAGUGAUGAGAUCUUUAAGCUUUUGGAUAAUGGAGCUCAUAUUUACUUUUGUGGGCUUAAAGAAAUGAUGCCAGGGAUUCAAGAUACGCUUAAGAGAGUUGUGGAAGAGAGAGGUGAGAGCUGGGAGCAGAAGCUUUCUCAGCUUAGGAAGAACAAGCAAUGGCAUGUUGAAGUUUAUUGA